AUAUAGAUUAUUAAUAUAUAAUUUCUAUAAUUUUUUAAUAUACAAAUUACAAGAUAAAAUGGAUUAAAGAAGUGUAUUGGAUGGUGUGUAAAAAUGAAAGUGGACAAAUACUCUGGGACGGAGAUAGUAACAUGCAUGGUUGUGGAGUGCAAGGAGAACCCUACUUGGGAUAUACUAAAUGUACAACAAGGUAAAAAUAGACGCACACAUAUAAUUAAUGUAUGUGCGUGCAAUCGUGCUCAAAAAUUAAAUGUCUGCGGUGUAUGCUUAUUUUGUGUUGGUAUACAUUUGGUGUACCCUAAGUGGGGUCUACCAAGCAUUUUCGUGCCUAUAAAUAUGUUGCAACUCUCUCUCCAUUCUCAUGAAAAUCUGUAAAAUAUUUUCUCCCUCUUCUCACUCUCUCUAGCUAGACUCGAAAGUAAGUAGACUAGACUCCUUUGAAGUUGUUUACAAAUAUUCUUUCCUAAGCAGGGAAAAAAAUGGCGGGAAAAUCGGGAAUGAGGGCCUUCUUGGAGGACGUGAGGCCAUACAUAGCCAUGAUAUGUCUGCAAUUUGGGUACGCUGGAAUGGCUAUAAUAACCAAAGUCUCACUGAAUAAGGGCAUGAGCCAUUAUGUGUUGGUUGUGUAUAGGCAUGCCUUUGCCACUGCUGUUAUUGCCCCCUUUGCUCUUCUUCUUGAAAGGAAAAUGAGGCCAAAGAUGACUUUCCCAAUUUUCAUGCAAAUAUUUGUGUUGGGUCUUCUUGGGCCAGUGAUUGAUCAGAACUUCUUCUAUGCUGGACUCAAAUUAACCUCCCCGACUUUCGCCUGUGCCUUGAGCAACAUUCUCCCCGCAAUGACCUUUGUCAUCGCGGUACUCUGCAAAAUGGAGAAGGUGAACAUAAAGAAGGUGAGAUGCCAAGCAAAGGUUGUGGGAACAUUUGUGACAGUGGGAGGAGCCAUGUUGAUGACAUUGUACAAAGGCAAUGUUAUUAACCUCGUUUGGUCCAACCGAAACAACCAACACAAGCAAACAUCCUCGUAUGCCUCGGCAUCAUAUGACAGGGACUGGGUUAUAGGCUCCGUGCUCCUCAUCCUCGCUACACUUGCUUGGGCUUCUUUCUUCGUCUUUCAGGCGUUCACAUUGAGGAAAUACACAGCACAAUUGUCUCUAACAGCAUUGGUAUGUUUCAUUGGGACACUACAAUCUAUUGCAGUGACAUUUGUGAUGGAGCGCAAGAGCUCUGUUUGGCACAUUGGUUGGGAUAUAAACCUCCUUGCUGCUGCCUAUGCAGGUAUAGUUUCAUCGGGCAUCGCAUAUUAUGUGCAAGGUGUUGUGAUGCAGAAAAGGGGGCCUGUCUUUGUGACAGCAUUCAACCCAUUGAUUAUGGUUAUUGUUGCCUUCAUGGGAUCCUUAAUCUUGGCAGAGCAAAUCUAUCUUGGAGGGGUUGUCGGAGCUGCGUUGAUCGUGAUCGGAUUAUAUGCAGUGCUAUGGGGAAAAUACAAAGAGACAGAAGCAAAGGAGGGAAUUGAAGAGACAGAGAAGAGUAACAAUGCAGAGAAGAGUAGUGAAAAAAUGAUGGUUACCAUUGAAGAAGGUGAAGAAAAUGAUGUUGAGAUGCAAAAGAAAGUUCCUUCAGCAGCAAUAGCCAUUUCUUCUAACAUUUCACAACCUCCCAUGUUAGCUAAGGCAGCUCCAAAGUCUCAAAAUUAGGACUAUAAAAUUUAUGAAUAAACACAGACUGAGGAGUUUUUUUUCCUUUUUUUUGUAAUUUACUCUGAGCUUUUUACUGUUUCUCAUGUAAAUUUUCUAUGAGAUAAUAUGAGACUAUGACUAUAGCUUGUUUUUCUUUUUUCCUUACCUUUUCUUGCGCAAAUAAAGGUGUUGCAACGCU